AUGCAGGAAAAGCUGCCAGUCAAAGCCGCGGGCGGCUGUCUCUGCGGCGCAAUCAGAUACAGCGUCGUCUUCCCUCCAGGCCACGAUUUUGCCAUGAACUCAACCAAAUGCCUCUGCACCGCAUGCCGCAAGCAAUCCGGCGCCAUGAUGCUUCACCUCCACACUCUCCCCCUCUCCUCCUUCUCCUGCGUGGCCCCCGCCUCGGAGCUAGGCGACUACAGCUGCUCGCCCGGUUACCACCGCCUCUUCUGCAAGCGCUGCGGCUCCUUCAUUGCCUGGCGCCAGGACCCGCGCCUGUGCUGCGACGUUCACGGGCUGGCUGACAUCGGAGGCUCGCGCGCCACACGCCAGGCGCUCGAUGGGAUGAUUGAUUGCGCGCCUGCGCACGAGGAGGGCGAGGUUGAGAUCUGCGUUGGCACAUUAGACGAGGAGUUUCUUGUUGGGCGCCGUGGAUCGGGCGGGAAGGUGAUCCCCGGGACGGGGUAUGGGCAUUUGCUGGGACACCCCGAGGGCAGGAUUCUUUGGGCGGAAAAUGAUAUUAUGGGAGUCACGGAUCGGCUGACUGGGGUGAGGUAUCAGAAUAACAGUGCCAAUGGGCUCAAGAUCAAAGAGCACUGAUCAACUAGGCUUGGAGGGGACGGAGGGUUAGGGGGAAACGGAAAAGGAGGGGGGUUGAGUAAUGGCUAACUAAGUGAGGGCUCCAGAUGCGGGAUGCCGACUCUGGUGUAUAUAUCACCGUAGACUCUAUCUCAGAGACACCUGAACCGCGUCCCCCGCGUUUCACCAUCCCGUUCACGAAGAGAAAAAUCGGCGAAGGCGGCGCUCAGCGCACUUACCGAUAUCGGACGUGCGGCUGCGGCGCCACGGGCCUGGUCCGCAGCUACUCUAUCGCAGGUGCGGCCGGGUUGGCAGGGAGGGCCAGGCACACCACUCUCAAUAGGCAUGGGGGGGUGAGGUGUUACCAUUAGAGUUUGGGAGCGAAAAGGGGGGGAGUCGGACUUGGGUCAGCAACGGUCCGACUGGACAGUACAGCACUGCGCUAUCUAUGUGCUACAUAACGCAUGGGUGGGAGAGGAGUCAGCUCCAUGCGAAUGCCGAAGGGGGGGUAUGUGGAGCGAAGAUGCAGCUCUAACUCCGAUCACAAGUCACGUUACAGAAUUGAGUCACAGAAGAAGUGACUAGCGUACUUUCUCCAAUUCAUAACAUCUACACGCCGCUAGGGCAACAUAAGGAAAAUCCAAAGACAGUGUAUAUAUUGUU